AUGUUGCUAUUGCGUUGCAUGUGGGUUUUCGCGAGCUCUCAACUCGUCCCCUCGUGCGCUUGGGUUCUGAACAGCGUGCUGAUGUCAGGUCCAAAGGCUGACCUAACAUAUGCCAGUAGUGUGCAGGCAGGUGCGCGGAGUGGAAUUCAAGAAUGUAAACAGCAGUUCGCGUGGGACCUUUGGAACUGUCCCGAGAGCGCGGUACUUCUGACUGCUCCUGGAACACUACGCGCGGCCACUAGGGAGACAUCAUUUCUACACGCGAUAAGUGCGGCAGGCGUCAUGUUCACGCUCACCAAAAAUUGUAGUUUGGGUGAACUCGCCAACUGCAGGUGUGACAACUCCAGGGACGGCCAACCAGGUGGACGCGGGUGGACGUGGGGCGGCUGCAGUGAUAACGUGGAUUUCGGUGAGAGGAUCUCGAGGCAAUAUGCUGAUGCGCUUGAAACUGGACAAGAUUCACAAGCGCAGAUGAACCUGCACAAUAACGAGGCUGGCCGACAGGCUGUGAGGAUCACCAUGAGGCGCGCGUGCCGGUGCCACGGGCUUUCACAAAGCUGCAGUUUACAAACCUGCUGGAUGCAGCUCCCGGAGUUCCGAGACGUCGGGAACUACCUGAAGGUGAAGCACGACCAGGCGCAGGUGCUCGAGAUGGACAAGCGGCGUCUGCGAGCUGGAAACAGCGCUGACAACCGUGGCGCGCUAGCGGACGCGUUCAGUAGCAUCGCGCGCACGGAACUCAUCUAUCUCGAGGACUCUCCCGACUACUGCACGCGGAACCUGAGCCUAGGGCUGCAUGGCACCGAGGGGCGCGAGUGCUUGCAGAACAGUGACGUCAGUCUCUCCCAGUGGGAGCGACGCAGCUGCCGACGCCUUUGUCACGAGUGCGGACUGCGCGUGGAGCAACGGCGCGUGGAGACUUCAAGCAGUUGCAACUGCAAGUUCCAAUGGUGCUGCACCGUCACGUGCGACACCUGCACUCAGGUUACAAUGUCCGACCAAAGUGUG